CCGCGGCGAAUUGUGGACGUGUGAAUUCUCGUACUGUUUCCUUAUAAAUUCAAAGUGCAUUAAUAUACUAUAUUUUUAAUUUAUGUAUAUAUAUUUACCUGUUGCACUUGAAAAAGUAAUGUGCAUAUACUAUAAUAAUUCAUAAGUUGCGACAACUGUGUGCUAAAAUGUUCAACAAGAAGUUACAAAUUUUAUCUAGGCAUUUGUUAAGGCAACAAGUUGCCCAAAAGGCAUUGCGUUGCGUUGCCACAUCGAGUUACAUACACAACAUAGGGAAGGAGCCGCUUGUGUACCGCAAUGUGGGACAACAGCUCGAGCUGGCAGCCUCCAAGUUUGGCAGCACCGAAGCGAUAGUUUCGUGUCACGAGGCCAAGCGAUACACGUUCCGUGAUUUGUUAAGGGAAGUGGAUCGGUUGGCGGCGGGAUUCCGUAAGCUGGGACUGGAGACGGGAGAUGCCAUUGGCAUCUGGGCGCCCAACUAUAUGCACUGGUACCUGACCAUGAUGGGGGCGGCACGGGCGGGCCUCACAUCGGUGGGCAUUAAUCCGGCACUCCAGGGACCCGAGUUGGCCUAUUGCCUGAACAAGGCGGACAUGAAGGCAAUUGUGGCACCCGAGACAUUUAGGACAACAAAAUACUACGAGAUUCUACGUGACAUAUGCCCGGAAGUUGCCCACUCGGAACCGGGCAAGAUAAAGAGCGAAAAGUUUCCGCAUCUCCGAUCGAUCAUCAUUAACAGCCAGGAGAGUCUCAAAGGUGCCUUCCGGUUCGACGAGAUCCUCGAUCUGAGCAAUGCGACGGAGCAGGCGGAGAUUUAUAAACUGCAGCGGGAGAUUUGCCCGGAGAAUCCCUGCAACAUCCAGUUCACCUCGGGCACCACUGGGAACCCAAAGGCGGCUGUGCUCUCCCACUACAACAUCGUCAACAAUGGCAUCCAUGUGGGUGACCGCAACGAGCUGGAAGGCGAAAGAAUCUGUGUCCAGGUUCCCCUCUUCCAUGCCUUUGGCGUGAGCAUCACAAUCAUGGCGUCUCUGGCCAAGGGUGCCACUCUGGUCCUGCCUUCUCCUGGAUUCAGUCCCAAGGAUUCCCUGCACGCCAUUGUCAAUGAAAAAUGCACUGUAAUACAUGGAACACCCACAAUGUAUGUGGAUCUCGUUGAAGCUCAACGGGAACUGCGGAUCCCUCUGGGAAAGAUUAAGAAGGCAAUAACAGGUGGUGCGGUGGUUGCACCACAGCUCAUCCUGGAUGUCAAGGAGGUGCUCGGCGUUGAGAAGAUGCACAGCGUCUAUGGACUGACCGAAUCAACUGCUGUCAUCUUUCAAUCAGUGCCUGGCGAGCACGAGAAUCGUGUCCUGGACAGCGUGGGAUACCUUACCGAUCACAUUGAGGCGAAGAUUAUCGAUGCCAAGGGUCGUCUCGUGCCCUUUGGCCAACCGGGUGAACUCUGUGUGCGUGGUUAUCUGACCAUGGCGGGCUAUUACAAGGAUCAGGCGAAGACUGAGGAGAUUCUCAGUACCGAUAAUUGGCUUCACACGGGCGAUCAGUUUGUUAUCGAUGCCGAUGGAUAUGGACGCAUCGUAGGACGCCUCAAGGAGAUGAUCAUUCGAGGCGGAGAGAAUAUAUUCCCCAGAGAGAUCGAAGACUUUUUGAACGGCCAUCCACAGGUGGUCGAGGCUCAUGUCAUUGGCGUUCCCAACGAUCGCCUGGGUGAGGAAGUCUGCGCCUUUGUGCGCCUCCAGAGCGGCGUUGAUCCCAAGACAUUCACCAGCGAGACCGUCCGUGCCUACAGCAAAGGUAAACUGGCCCACUUCAAGGUGCCCCAGUAUGUGGAGGUCACUGAUGCAUUCCCCAAGACAACUUCCGGCAAAAUACAGAAAUUCAAGCUUCUCGAGAAGUUUAGGAGCGGUUUGAAAAUGAAGAAGGAACAAGAGGCUAUCCGUGCUUAAGUAUUAAAUGUGUAGUACUCGAAAUUGUAAAGGUUUUAACUACCCUCUAAAAUAGAACAAUAAAUUUUUUAUUAUUAUCCUUGUAA